AUUCUAAAUCUGUUUUACUGACCCAUUAAAAAGUUCAAAAGAUUCCACACUUAAUUAAACUUUUUUUGAAAAUUCUAUAUUAAAAUAUAAUUAUUGUACAUUAACUACUUAAUUUUAAGAUCUAAAAAAUUUCAGGGUAUAUCGCACUGUUUCAGAAAAAAGUGGACAUGUAUGAUAUAAGAAUAAAUAUGAUAACCAAUUAAAUGAUCGAUUUAUUUUUAUACAGAUAUUUUACGUAAUUGGCGCCAUAAUGUCGUGAUGAUGAUAGUGGUGUUAAUUCUUAGCACUAUCAGUCAAGGGUACACAAGUUCCAUGCAUAAAAUAUUCUUUUAAAAAAAAGUGAAUUAAUAUAUAGAGUUAAAAAUUUAACAGUUCAAUUACACAAGGUGCUAUUUAUUACAAGAGUUUUAGAAAUUCAUUGAAAAAUGUCGCGAAAUCAGUAUAAAAAUGUUACACAUUGUAUUUUUGAUAUGGAUGGGUUAUUGCUAAAUACAGAACUAAUUUACACCAAAGCCUUUAAUCAUGUUACAAAUCGUUAUGGAAAAGAAUUCACGUGGGAACAUAAAGCAAAAAUUAUGGGUUUUAAAACAAAGAAUGUCGCACGAGCUGUAAUUGAAAUGUUAUCUUUACCAAUAACAGCAGAUGAAUUUGAAAAUGACGUAGUUAAACUAUAUCAAGAAUUAUUUCCUUCUGCAGAUCUUAUGCCAGGUGCUGAACAAUUGUUGAGACAUCUGAAACAAAAUAAUAUUCCAAUAGCGUUAGCUACAAGUUCUAAUAAAGAAAAUUUUGAAUUAAAAACCCAAAAAUGGAAACAUAUAUUUGAUUUGUUCAACCACAAAGUUCUUGGUGGUUCCGAUCCUGAAGUUACAAAUGGUAAACCAGCACCUGAUAUUUUUUUGAUUGCUGCAAAGCGUUUUAUUGAUAAUCCUGAUCCCUCAAAGUGCCUUGUGUUUGAGGAUGCUCCAAAUGGUGUAAAAGCUGCAAUUACUGCUGGAAUGCAAGUUGUUAUGGUUCCAGAUCCAAUGUUACCAAAACAUUAUAUUGAAAAUCCAACAUUGAUAGUAAACAGUCUUGAAGAAUUUCAACCUGAGUUAUUUGGUUUGCCACCAUAUAGCACAUAAUACAUAUAAAAUGUAUUCAUACAUAUAACUUGAAUAUAUAGUGGCAAACAUAUACUUACCAACACACUCCAUAGAUCAAUUUUUAUUGUUUGUAAUAAUGUACAAAAAAAAUAAAUUAAUUCAUUUUGAUUUUUUUAAGAUAUAGCUUUAAUUUUUUUUCUUACAGAUGUUUACAAACAAUAUAGUUUCUAUAUUAUUAGUCUCACUUUUGAAAACUAAAAUUAAAUUAUUUCAGUUAUUAUUUUAUUAUUUUAUAACUGUGAAAAUUUAAGAAAAAAAAAGAAUAAUGACUUAAUGUUCUAGUGGUUAAGUCAAUAUCAUAAUAAUAAUGAAUGUAAAAGAAAACAAAAAAUAAAUUAUAUAUUCGUUUAAAACGUUAUAAA